GUAUAUUUAUGCUUAUUACUCUACAUAAUGCAUGAUAAAUGAUUAAUGCAGAUACUCUUUGAUUAGUUCAUUAUGAUUAUAAUUAUAAAUGAUUAGUUCAUUUAAUUAAAGAAAAAGGUGAAUAAUGAUGAAGUUCACUAGAUGGGGUGUAUGCAAUAUAAUCCAUCAAUGAUAGUCAGAUUGGAAAAUACAAAUAAUGAGUGGAAAUAUAAUUAUCACUUGAUUUUGUAAACUAAUUCAAAUUUAUAUUGAGUUGAUAAAAUAUUACGUACAUGUAAUAUAUAAUGAAUAUCUAAAUAAUUUGUUUAUUUAUGGUAGAUUAUGGCAACCUAGAACAGUAUAGCUGAACUCAAUAUGGGAGAAAAACUUAAUGGAGAAAACUAUAAAAUCUAGCACCUCAGGAUAUAUAGUAUGUACUUGAAGAACAAGAAGUUCUUGAAGCUAUAAAUCAGGUUAUGGUAGAACCUAUAGAUGAUCCCACUGCACAUAGCAAACAAGAUCUUGAUGCCUAUAAGGCAUGGAAGAAAAAAUACUCCACUGCAAAGGGCAUAUUGUUUAGUUCAAUGGUUGAUGACCUAACUUUUAAGUAUGAGUCGUAUCUUUCGGCUCACGCAGUCUGGGUAGUCCUUAAGGAGAAAUAUAGUGGAGUAAGUCUGAGCAAGCUUCUAUAGCUGACGAUCAAGUUUAACAGUUACAAGAAGCGUCCGAAUGUUUCGAUGGUUCAACAUCUCAAGGAGACGUCGAACAUGAUUCAGAAGUUUAAAAUUGCUGGUCAUGAGUUGACCAAUGUAUAACAAGUUCAAACAGUUAUUCGUUCCGUUUCAAAUUCUUGUAGACCAUGAAGCAAACCCUAACUUAUAGUAAAAGUAUCAAGACUUUCAUUGAUGUCUCACACCAUGUAGAAUUGGAGGUGGAGAAAGAGAAUCCCCAAGGAUUUUUGGAUUGGCCUAUGUGGCCAUCGGUUUUGUUGGAUCAUCUGGAUCUAAGAAAAAAAAAUGAUUUAAGAAGGGGAAGGGAAAGAAGCAAGAAGCUGAUACUGUGGGGCAGGUAUAAUCAAGAAGAAGGGAAAGAAGAUUGGAGUGAAACCUAAAAGCAAGUUGACUUGCUUUAAUUGUGAUAAGAAAGGUCACUUCGUUCGGGAGUGCACUGAGCCGAAAAAGAUUCGAGAGUAACCAACCAUGUAACUCGGAAGUGAGUUACAUUUGUAGAGUACCGUCGGGUUCCAGCUGACAACAAAUGGAUCUAUGUGGUAAAUAAUUCAAGGUUGAAGUCAAAGGAGUCAGCACUUGCAAACUCAACCUCCAUAGUGGUCAAGGAGGAUAUUUGGAUUCUCUGUGUCUCUCAUUCUCAUCAACCUUGCUUCUAUUAUGGAGCGUGCCGAUGAGAGUCUAUUACCAGCAGUUUAUAAAGAAGUUAGUCAGGCCUUCAAUGCUGGUCCUAUUGAGCUCGGAUACCUUACUUUCAUACUAAAGUUUGUUCAGUCAAUAGCAUGUCCUGUGGCAGGCGUGCUAGUCCUUUAUCAUGACCGCCCUGUUGUUUUGGCAAUGGGUACUGCCUUCUGGGCUUUGUCCACAGCUGCAGUUGGUUUGAGCCAGCGUUUUGAGCAGGCUGCAUUUUGGAGGGCAAUAAAUGGGUUUGGGUUGGCCAUUGUCAUACCUGCACUGCAAUCAUUCAUCGCAGAUAGUUAUAUGGACGGUGUGCGUGGUACUGGAUUUGGCUUGUUAAGCCUUGUAGGUGCAGUAGGGGGUAUCGGAGGUGGUGUUCUGGCUACAAUUAUGGCUGGACACGAGUAUUGGGGAAUACCAGGAUGGCGUUUUGCUUUCAUCAUGAUGGCAUCAGUGAGCUUGCUGAUUGGAGCUCUGGUAUAUCUGUUUGUUGUUGAACCUAGGAAAGAUCCUUUGGCUGCUCAUGGUGCUGAUGAUGACACUGAAAGGGCCAUCCUGGUUCCGAAAGGUACCGUAACUGUAUCUUCGAUCUGGAGUAAUUCCUGGUUAGCAAUGAAAUCUGUGAUGAGAGUGCAUACAUUUCAGAUCAUUGUCCUUCAAGGCAUUGUUGGUUCAUUACCAUGGACAGCCAUGGUUUUCUUCACAAUGUGGUUUGAAUUGAUAGGAUUCGACAAUAACAGCUCAGCUGCGUUAAACAGCUUUUUCGCCGUCGGAUGUGCUUUGGGUUCCUUCCUAGGGGGAUACAUAGCUGACAGCAUCUCCAAGUACUACCCUGACUCGGGCCGAGUUAUGUGCGCUCAAUUCAGUGCCUUCAUGGGCAUUCCUUUUUCUUGGAUUCUUCUUACUCGAAUCGAGCAGUCUGUAGAAAACUGGAAUGCUUUUGCCGUCACACUGUUCUUCAUGGGCUUAUGCAUUAGCUGGUGUGCCUCUUGCGCCAACAACCCCAUGUUUGCAGAGGUUGUCCCACCCAAGCACCGCACAAUGAUUUAUGCAUUUGAUCGAGCAUUCGAGGGAUCGUUCGCCUCAUUUGCAGCACCAGCAGUAGGUUACCUUACCGAGAAGAUUUAUGGUUAUGAUCCAAAAUCAUUCGAGACAUCAGGCGGCUCCGCUCAAGGUGCAUUAGCACUAUCAAAGGGUCUUCUGGUGAUGACUAUCAUUCCUUUCGGCUUGUGUAGCUUAUUUUACAGCCCCCUCUAUGUGAUAUUUAAGCUCGAUCGGGAUCGCGCUAAGGUGGCCUGUUCAAAGGAGCUAGAAAUGAUCUCGUAGAAAGACAGUAGCAACUUCGCGAGCUUAGUGUAGAUGAUGAUUUAGUCGAAUGCACUGGAAAUCUUUCAUUUAUAUGACACGUUUGUAAUAAGUUCGAAGUUUUGACCCCCUUUCAUUUGUAUUUAUCUCAUCUUAACCAUUCUAGUUCA